AUGGGAUUAAGAGAUUUGAAAAAUGUAUUCAAGCGUAAGGAAUACGAUAGACCACCUGCUCCACCACCACCAGGAUCACAACCAAGCGAAGAAACAAAUCGAGAUUCAAACCCUGCGCCCACUUCCAUUCAACCAGUUAAUGGGAAAGAUAUUCUUAGUAAUCCAAUAGCAACUGGCGAACCACCUUCACUUUUCAAAAAAGUCAAACAUCAACAACAACCAAUUGGAUGCUGUUGUGACGAAAAAGAUGCCCCAAUCCAUACAAAUAACUUUUAUAACAAUUUAACCACGGGUGACCAAACCAUGCCAAUUUGGCCAUUACCAUACUCAAUGUGGUACACGAUUGAUCCCGAUCAAGAUCAUGGAUUAGCAUUCAAUCAUACAGAUGCAUCACAAAGAGUUUUUGGUCCUGAACCAGAUGCGCCAGUUGCUCAAUAUUAUUUCAACCCACCUAAAAUUAAGUCAUUUGUUCUUUCUGCAGAAAACUUUGAUGGUAACAAGUUGACAUUAAGUGAUCAUAGAGCACUUUCUGUAACUGCAACUUUACAAAAGGGUGAUAGUAAAAUCAUUCUUCCAAUAGUGCAAGGUAUGGGUUUUAUCACUGCCAUUUACGAAAAUGCUAAACCAGUUAUUGCAUCCCAAGUUGGUGUUCAAGAGUUUAAAAAACAAGACAAGAUUGGAAAUGUUCAAAAAUAUACAGCCAUGUUGUUUAACCAAGUGACUUGGUCGGUUUAUUCCACUAGUGAAUUGAGUUUAAAGGAUCCAAAUCAUAUUGUUGGGAAUGGGCCAGGUAUUAUUCAAAUUGCUCGUGGUGAUUCAAAGUAUUACGAUGACACUGCUGGUGGUUAUAUUGACCAUGCAGAAUUAUCUGCCUCUGCAGACGGUGAUACAGGCGAAUACAAAUUUUCUUAUACCAUUAAAGGACAAUCAAGAUCAGGUAAAACUCUUGUUUGGGCACUUCCACAUCAUCAAGAGGUCAUUACUAAUGUUAAAGCAACAGAUUUAAACCUUGAUUCACCAACAAAAGGUGUAAUGAAGUCAUAUGUCACAAACGAACUUGUUAUGCAAGAACAACUUCCUGUUGAUAUUAUGUGGGAUCCAUGGGCCACUUUUGCCACUAAAGCCAAUUAUUCAGACAACGCUAAAGAAAUCAUCAAACAAGCAGCCAUUGAAGAAGUGAAACAAGAUGUAGUGGGGAUGGCAGACAUUGAUUCAAUGUAUACUUCUGGUAAAAUUUUAGACAAAUUCGCUCAUAUUGCAUAUGUUUGUCAUUUUAUAUUGCAAGAUGGAUCAUUGACCAAUGAAGUUGUCCCUAAACUUAAACAAGCAAUUGAAAUAUUUGCUCAAAAUAAACAAAAAUUCCCCUUGGUUUAUGAUUGUUCUUGGAAAGGGUUAAUUUCUUCAGCUGAACCAGGUGCUGAUUUUGGUAAUUCCAAUUAUAAUGAUCAUCAUUUCCAUUAUGGAUACCAUAUACAUGCCAUUGCACUUUUAUCACAUAUUGAUCAAAAUUGGCUUCAUGCCAAUAAUGAUCUUAUUUUCAAUUAUGCCAAUACAUUGAUCAGAGAUAUUGCUAGUCCUCAAGCUGAUCAAUAUUUCCCACAAUUUCGAUCAUUUGAUUUUUUCCAUGGUCAUUCUUGGGCCCAUGGUAUUUUCCCAUCUGGUGAUGGUAAAGAUAAUGAAAGUAGUAGUGAAAUGUACCAUUUUGCUCGUGCUAUUAAAUUAUAUGGGAAUGUGAUUGGUGAUAAGAAUAUGCAACAACGAGGUGACUUGAUGUUGGCAAUUAUGAAACGAUCGGUUAAUAUGUACAUGCUUUACACUAGUGAUAACAAGAUUGAACCACCCAAUUUUAUUGGAAACAAAGUAUCGGGUAUUUUAUUUGAGAAUAAAAUCGAUUAUGCUACUUAUUUUGGAAGAGGUACCAUUGGAGAUGAAUGGAUCCAUGGUAUUCAUAUGUUACCCAUCACACCAGUGUCUUCUUAUUUUAGGAGUUCGAAAUUUGUUAAAGAGGAAUGGGAUGAAAAAUUGGGUGCAAUUGUGGACCAGAUCCCUGAUGGGUGGAAAGGUAUUCUUAUGCUCAACAAGGCAUUAUUUGACCCGAAAUCAGCUUGGGAUUGGUUUGCAAGAAAGGACUGGGAUCCUGUAUUGAUUGAUAAUGGUAUGUCCCGUACAUGGUCUUUGGCAUAUAUUGCAGGAAUAAUGAAUUGA